CUGUACUACAAUUCUAUACACAAUAAAUGUAUCACAACAGUUUUGACAGAUUUGAUUCGAAACUUCUGGAUAAACAAUUCUCGAUUGAUUUUGUGGCAAAACUUACUUAAUUUCGAAUAAGCUUAUCUCUUAUGGUCUAACGUUAAUCUAAUAUGGUCUGAAUAAAAACGUAUUUAAAUUUGAUGACAUUGCUUUAAAUUAUUUAGAAAACCUCUACCAUGACCAAUAAGACUAAUAACGCAGGGGAAAUAGAUCCUGUGCAGAAAAAGUUGGCUGGUCGUGUACGAGAAGUUGGAAAUCGUGCAAUUUGGAGUUUAUCCAGCUGUAAACCUGGUUUUGGCGUGGAUCAACUCCGAGAUGAUGUUACAGAAACAUAUUGGCAAUCCGAUGGUCAACUUCCACACUUGGUGAAUAUCCAAUUCAAGAGAAAAACAACAAUAAGAGAUAUAUGUAUCUAUACCGAUUAUAAGUUGGAUGAAAGUUAUACUCCCAGCAGGAUAAGUAUUAGAGCAGGCACAAAUUUCAAUGAUCUUCAAGAAGUAGAAGUCAUGGACCUAAACGAACCUAGUGGUUGGGUUGUGAUCCUAAUAAAAGAUAUAAAUAAUAGACCUAUCAGGACAUUUAUGAUACAGAUAGCUGUGAUAAGUAAUCAUCAAAAUGGUCGUGAUACACACAUGAGGCAAAUCAAAGUUCAUACUCCAACACAGGAUAUUCUUGGACCGCCGGCUCCUUAUAUCCCAGGACAGUUCCUCACCAAUGAAUUUUUGCGUUAUGCAACAGUUAGAUAAAAUUUACAAUCUAAUAUAAUCGAUGUUUUCUUAGCAUUAAAUAAAUUAAAUAAAUUCUUUAUAUGAAAAUCCA